CCCCGUCUCGCCCUCGACACCCCUCAGAACCAGACCUGCGUCCCAGAACUCAUCCCUCCGGGCAUGGACCCAUCCCAGGUCGAUAUCCCCACUUUCUACCCCUACACCCCCGGCGAGGUCAAGCACCGCAAGAAGCUCGCCGCUGAGCUCGACAUGACCCCCGGGGGUGUCCAGGUGCGUCCCUCCCCCUCUCGUCCCGUUCGCGUCCCAUCCGCCGAUCAAUGA